CCUGACACUUUGCUCUCACUCAGUAGCAUCUGUGACUGUCUCCAUGUGCUGGAUGAUGUGGCUCCUUGUGAGGCAGUGGUGAGCAGAGCAGACAAGGCCUUCCAGUGCUGCCCCAGUUUAGGAGGAGGAAAGAACCACAUGAGGAAGCUGUAACAGUGACCAAGCUUCAAACAAACCACGUGACACCAUAACCAUAUGUAAUGAAGAAAUUCAUCCUGAUCGCAGAAGCCAGGAAAGGCCUCCUGAGGAAAGGACAGCUAAACGAAGACCUAAAGGCCAUGGCUGCCAGGAUCCCCACAGAGCCAAGACCUUCUCCAGAAGGUGACCCUUCCCCACCACCACCACCGAUGUCAUCCCUGGUCCCUGACACUCCUCCAGACACCCCUCCUGCCAUGAAGAAUGCCACUAGCCCUAAGCAGCUCCCACUGGAACCAGAGAGCUCCCCAGGGCAGGUUGAUCGCAGGCCAGCCUCCCCACCAGAGGAAUUCCUUUCAUCAGAAGCAAAGAGCCCACCAGCCACAGGCCCACAGGAUGCUAGACCUCCUCUGAGAAGCAGCGAGCCACUCCCAACAGCAGUGCCAGCCUCUGACAGCCCUCCCGCCAAGCAAGAUGUAAAGAAGCCAGGAGAGAGACAUAAGCUGGCAAAGGAGCGGCGAGAAGAGCGGGCCAAGUACCUGGCGGCCAAGAAGGCAGUGUGGCUGGAGAAGGAGGAGAAGGCCAAGGUGCUUCGUGAGAAGCAGCUCCAGGAGCGCCGGAGGCGGCUGGAGGAACAGCGUCUUAAAGCUGAGCAACGCAGAGCUGCCCUGGAGGAGCGGCAGCGGCAGAAGCUGGAGAAAAACAAGGAACGCUAUGAAGCAGCCAUCCAGCGGUCAGUGAAGAAGACCUGGGCUGAAAUCCGGCAGCAGCGCUGGUCCUGGGCAGGGGCCCUUCAUCACAGUUCUCCAGGAAAUAAGACCAGUGGGAGCAGGUGCUCCGUGUCGGCAGUAAACCUGCCCAAACACGUGGACUCUAUAAUCAACAAGCGGCUCUCAAAGUCCUCUGCCACGCUCUGGAACUCCCCCAGUAGAAAUCGCAGCUUGCAGCUGAGCGCAUGGGAGAGCAGCAUCGUGGAUCGUCUGAUGACGCCCACCCUCUCCUUCCUGGCUCGGAGUCGCAGCGCGGUCACACUGCCCCGAAACGGCCGGGACCAGGGUAGGGGCUGCGGCUCUGGGAGACGCCCCGCGAGGGGCAGGGCAGGGACCAGCCUCCCGCCCAGGCCGCAGCCCGGGUCCCAGGGUGUCCGCGCUCUGACCUCUGCUGCUCCUCCCCUUCCUCCCCGCCAGGGGCAGAAGAAAGAGAAGAAGGACAAGGAGCGAGAAAACGAGAAGGAAAAGAGUGCCCUGGCCCGGGAGCGCAGCCUCAAGAAGCGGCAGUCCUUACCUGCACCUGCUCGCCCGCGCCUUUCCUCGGGACCCGCCUCCGAGCUCAGCCCCAAAUCCAAGGCCCGCCCAUCCUCUCCCUCCAUGUCUUGGCACAGGCCUGCCUCCCCCAGCCCCAGCCCAGGGCCAAGCCACACUCUGCCUCCAAAACCACCAUCUCCUCGAGGCACCACUGCAUCGCCCAAGGGACGAGUUCGGAGAAGGGAGGGGGCAAAGGAGAGCCCCAGCAUCUUGGGGCCUGAGGACAAGAACCAGAGCAAGAGGAGGGCCAGUGAGGAGAAGGAGCCGGCAGCCCCAGCCUCACCGGCACCCUCGCCCACACCCUCACCCGGCCCAGCACAGCCCGCUGCAGAGAUCCCCGCAGGUGGGCGUGAAGAGCAAGCCGGCAGGACAGAGAAACCAGAUAUUGCUAUCCUGACCUCACCCCCAGCCCCUGCUCCCCUGGUGACCCCUAGCAAACCCAUGGCGGGCACCACAGACCGAGAAGAGGCUACUCGGCUCCUGGCUGAGAAGCGGCGCCAGGCCCGGGAGCAACGGGAGCGCGAGGAACAGGAGCGGAGGCUGCAGGCCGAAAGGGACAAGCGACUGCGGGAGGAGCAGCUGGCUCGGGAGGCAGAGGCCCGGGCAGAGCGGGAGGCCGAGGCCCGGAGGCGGGAGGAGGAAGAGGCCCGAGAGAAGACGCAAGCGGAGCAGGAGGAGCAGGAGCGGCUGCAGAAACAGAAAGAGGAGGCUGAAGCUCGAUCCCGAGAGGAAGCGGAGCGGCAGCGUCUGGAGCGGGAAAAGCACUUCCAGAAGGAGGAGCAGGAGCGGCAGGAGCGCAAAAAGCGCCUGGAGGAGAUAAUGAAGAGGACUCGGAAGUCAGAAGUUGCUGAAACCAAGAAGCAGGACAGAAAGGAGGCACAAGCCAACGAGCCCAGCCCAGACCCCGAAAGAGCUGUGGAGACUCUGCCCUCAGUGCUGCAGGAGGAGGAGCCAGCCCCCCAGGAGCCACAGUGGAGCCUGCCAAGCAAGGAGCUGCCGGGGUCCCUAGUGAAUGGCUUGCAGCCUCUCCCAGCACAUCAGGAGAACGGCUUCUCUCCCAAGGGACCCUCUGGGGACAAAAGUCUGGGCCGAACCCCAGAGGCACUCCUGCCCUUUGCAGAGGCAGAAGGCUUCCUCAAGAAAGCUGUGGUGCAGCCCCCACAAGUCACAGGUAGGGACCUCUGACUCCUGGACACAGCUUCAUCCAUCCCAGCAGCCUUCCCUGGACUCCAGCCCUACCCUUGAGUUCCACAACAGGCUUUCUCCUUGCUCCGCCCUGAAGACCCCAGAGAUCUGGGCUUGGGGCCAAGCUUCCCCUUGACUGUUUCACUGUUUCCCCUCCCCUUUC